AUCAUCUUGGUUUAAUAUAACCCUUGGCAGUCGAAAUAAAGGAAUCCCUUUAGAUCUGCCACUUCGAGUAUCACAACCUUUCACCGCACAUAUCACCAUUUUGAAUGUAGAUCUGUACACCGAGAUGGCGGAUGUUUACAUUCACGAACGGACGUGACGUCAUAUGAAAGGACUCUAAUAGAAAUCAACUUUCGUUUUUGGAACAUUGCAAUUUAAUAUUUAAAUUACUAAACUAAAACUUUUAGAUCUAGAAUCUAGAUCUAGAUCUAAAAACUACAUUGUUGAAUGGCAGAUGUCUUCAGAAGUCAUAAAUAAAAAGGGUUGGUAAUCUAUCGCUUUAGGUCUAGCUAGAGACCUGUAACCUAAGCUGUUAGAAUGGUGCUAAUCAUAAAGAAUCUUCUCCUCACUUGCAAGAAGCCUGUACCCAGUAGGAGAUCAACACAAAUAUAUUUUCAUCUGGUCAACACACGAACGUUAUCAAACUUUGAAAACAGAUCAGUUUGGCAGAUAAACCGGUAUGGCAAGAUUGAAGAAUUGAAGCUCUCAGCAUCAUCUGAAGGAGCCGCCAUCAAAUCUCCUAAUGAGCUUCUGAUCAAAGUCCACGCUUCCAGCAUCAACCCUAUAGAUAUUAAAAUGCUGGGUGGCUACGGUAAAAGUUUAAUAAACAUUCUAAGGAAACAAAAAGGCAUGAUGAGAUCAGGCUCAGAGUUUCCUCUUGUUCUUGGUAGAGAUUUUUCUGGAACUGUUGUGGAAGCUGGGAGAAACAUUACCAAGUAUAAAAUAGGAGAUGAGGUUUGGGGGGCCAUUGGUGCAGAAAGGCCGGGCACUCAUGCCAAGUUUACAGUGGUUUCUCAAGAUGAGAUAUCUUUAAAACCACGUAAUGUGUCACAUAUUGAGGCAGCAUCUAUUCCGUACGUCGCAGCCACAACAUGGGCAGCUCUUUGUACUGUGGGGGAGCUCAAGGAAAGGAAAGCUGUAGGUCGAAGAAUCCUUAUCUUAGGGGGCUCUGGCGGCAUAGGAACAUUUUCUGUUCAGUUGGCGAAAGCUUGGGGUAUGCAUGUGACAACUACUUGUUCUACUAAUGCUGUUGAGAUGGUCAGAGAUUUGGGAGCUGAUAUGGUAGUUGAUUAUAAAACAAAAGACAUAUGGCAAGAGCUGAAACGCUAUGAGAAAUACGACUACAUCCUGGACACAGUGGGGGCAGAUGCUGUGGAUAAAGGAGUCGGAUUUCUUAGUCCGUGGCAGAACUCACAUCUUAUUACACUUAUCACACCUUUCCUCAAGAACUCAGACAACCUGGGGGUCAUCCCUGGCAUGAUGAAAACCGCUUUCACGGCAGGAUUGGACACAUUAAAGGGUCUAAAAUCAGGAGGCAGUGUUAGGUGGGCUGUUUUCAUCCCCAGUGCCAGUGCUAUGGAGAAGGUGAAGCUAAUGGUUGAGGCUGGGCAGAUCAAACCCACCGUACAAGAAGUAUUCCCAUUCUCUAAAGUACCAGAUGGAUACAAACGAGUGGCGGGUGGACACCUAAGAGGAAAAAUUGUCAUAGAUAACUUAUCAGACUAAUGUGUUUAAAUCAACUUGCUAGUUAAUGUGAUUUUAUUCUAUUAUUAACAAUUAAUUAUGUAAAUAUGCUUUGUAAAUAUUGUCUCAUUGG